AUGUGUAUUUCUGGACAUUUUGAAGUGAAGUCCGAGGCAGGUCAUCAGAAUAAGCAUUCGAUUGAAAUUGGCAACGAGAAAAAAGCUAACGCAACAAGCUGUUGUGGCCAGGGAAUAACUCGGCUAAAAAUCGAAUUAACGCCGGAAAAACUCUUCUUCCAGGAUUCACCAAUUAUUGAGACGAACAAUUUGCUGCAAGAAUACCAAAUACCACAGCAUACAAUGGCGCAGUUCUAUGUGAACAAUCCCGGAAAUCUAUCGGAUCCUCGACGUUUGCAACUUUUGGAUCAAAUGGUUUUUGAAUUGGAACAUAUGAAGGAUACCGCAAAUGGUGCUAUCUUGCUCAGAGAUAGCGAUUUGCCAGCAUUUCUGAAUUGGCCCGAAUAUGAAAAAUGGCGAGGAUUUGUAAUUUUUAAUGAAACUACUUUGCAAAAAUUCUUCUUUACAACAGCUUAUUAUGGUGAGAAUUUGAAAGAAUGGCCGGAACGUGGCGUGCUGUUGAGCAAGUGGCGCGCCAUCAUUGACCGAUACAGGGAAUUUAAUGUGUCGGUGUAUAUGGAUGAUGGAUUGUUUCUGGAUUUAAUUGAAAAUAUGCCAACGGAUGCAUGGCAAUCAGCGCUCGGCACACUAGUCUGCAUGGCAUUCAUCUGCUUCAUUUUCCUCUACGAUACUUUCACGGUGGUCGUCGUCUCAGCUGCCAUCGUCUCCAUUAUGACUGGUAAAAGUUCCACUUUUAUUUCUUACUUUUGA